GAGCGGAGAAAGUUUGGGGCCCGCGCCGCCCUCCGGCGGCAGCAUGAAGUCGGCGGAGGAAGCAUGACGGGGCUGGAGCAGGACCAGGAGUUCGACUUCGACUUCCUUUUCGAGUUUAACCAGAGCGACGAGGGCACCGCCGCUGCCCAAGAGCACUACAGUUAUGCACCGUCGAGCAUCAGCUCUGUUCUGCCUCCUGGCCCGGCUCACCCAUCACUGCCAGCUCCGUGCCACGACCUGCAGACCUCAGGCCCGGGCAUGCCAGGUCCCGCAGCCAGCCAGCCCCCGGGCUUCGGUGGGGCUGUGGACACCGGGCCCUCCAGCUACUUCCUGUCCUCCGGCCACAUCCGGCCCAAUGGGGCCCCUGCCCUGGAGAGUCCUCGCAUCGAGAUCACCUCGUACCUGGGCAUGCACCACAGUAACAGCCAGUUCUUCCACGACGUGGAGGUGGAAGACGUCCUUCCCAGCUCCAAGCGGCCCCCCUCCACAGCCACCCUGAACCUGCCCAACCUGGAGGCCUACCGGGACCCCUCGUGCCUCAGCCCGGCCAGCAGCCUGUCCUCACGCAGCUGCAACUCAGAGGCUUCAUCCUAUGAGUCUAACUUCUCCUACCCCUACGCGUCCCCGCAGACGUCCCCAUGGCAGUCGCCCUGUGUGUCCCCCAAGACCACGGACCCUGAGGAGGCUUUCCCCCGGGGCCUGGGGGCCUGCGGCCUGCUCAGCUCCCCCAGACACUCGCCCUCCACCUCGCCCCGCACCAGCGUCACGGAGGAGAGCUGGUUGGGGGCCCGCACGUCCCGGCCCUCGUCCCCCUGCAACAAGAGGAAGUACGGCCUCAACGGCCGGCAGCUGUCCUGCUCCCCACACCACUCACCCACGCCGUCCCCGCACAGCUCACCACGGGUCAGCAUCACUGAUGACACCUGGCUGGGCAACAGCACGCAGUACACCAGCUCGGCCAUCGUGGCUGCCAUCAACGCCCUCACCACCGACAACAGCCUGGAGCUGGACGGCGUCCCUGUGAAGGCACGCAAGACCGCCCCAGACCACUGCCCCUCCGUGGCCCUCAAAGUGGAGCCGGCUGGUGAGGACCUGGGGACCACGCCGCCCACGGCCGAGUUCCUGCCCGAAGAGUUCACAUCUUUCCAACAUAUCCGCAAGGGUGCCUUCUGUGACCAGUACCUGUCGGUGCCGCAGCACCCAUACCAGUGGGCCAGGCCCAGGUCCCCAACAUCAUUUGCCAGCCCGUCUCUCCCUGCCCUGGACUGGCAGCUGCCGUCACGCUCGGGACCCUACGAGCUGAGGAUUGAAGUGCAGCCCAAGCCCCACCACAGAGCCCACUAUGAGACGGAGGGCAGCCGGGGGGCCGUGAAGGCAUCGGCUGGAGGACACCCCAGCGUGCAGCUUCACGGCUACUUGGAGAAUGAACCGCUCACACUACAGCUGUUCAUCGGGACGGCCGACGACCGCCUGCUGAGACCCCACGCCUUCUACCAGGUGCACCGGAUCACAGGCAAGACUGUCUCCACUACCAGUCAUGAAGCCAUCCUCUCCAACACCAAAGUCCUGGAAAUCCCACUGCUGCCUGAGAACAACAUGCGAGCCAUCGUGGACUGUGCCGGGAUUCUGAAGCUCCGAAACUCUGACAUCGAGCUGCGGAAAGGGGAGACAGACAUUGGGAGGAAGAACACCAGGGUGAGGCUGGUCUUCCGAGUCCACAUCCCGCAGCCCAAUGGCCGGACACUGUCCCUGCAGGUGGCUUCCAACCCCAUUGAGUGCUCCCAGCGGUCGGCCCAGGAGCUGCCCCUCGUGGAGAAGCAGAGCGCGGCCAGCUGCCCCGUCCUUGGUGGGAAGAAGAUGGUCCUGUCUGGACACAACUUUCUGCAAGACUCCAAAGUCAUAUUUGUGGAGAAAGCACCAGACGGUCACCACAUCUGGGAGACAGAGGCCAAGCUGGAUAGAGACCUAUGUAAGCCGAACUCGCUGGUGGUCGAGAUACCGCCUUUUCGCAACCAGAGAAUAACCAGCCCCGUCCAAGUCAGUUUCUAUGUCUGCAACGGGAAAAGAAAGAGGAGCCAGUACCAGCACUUCACCUACCUUCCUGCGAACGCUCCAACCAUAAAAACAGAGCCCACCGAUGAUUAUGAGCCCGCUCUGCCCUGUGGACCAGCGAGCCAGGACCUGAGCCCGCUCCCCAAGUCGUGCUACAGCCAGCAGCUGGCCAUGCCGCCUGACCCGGGCUCCUGCCUGGUGCCCGGCUUCCCACCCUGUCCACAGAGGAGCACCGUGGUGUCGCCACCACCCAGCGCCGGCCCGAAGAUGCACGACCUCUCUUCCACCGCCUACAGCAAGGGCAUGGCCAGCCCCGGCCACGGGCACCUUGGACUUCAGCGACCGGCUGGAGGGCUCCUCGCUGUGCAGGAGACACCGACACCUGCGGGCGUGCACGCCGGGCCCCCGCAGCAGCCCCCGCCCGCCCUGCUGCGACCACAGUCCUGCAGCCCCACCCGCCCAUCUGAGAUGGGCCCGCAGCAGCACCAACUGCCGAAGGCUCCGAGGAGCGAGUCUGCAGCCCCCCGGCCUGUGCCGCCGCCCGAGGUGCGUGAGGACAGUAAUCAUAGUCUGGCCCCCAUUCCCGUAACGGUCAAGCGAGAGCCUCAGGAGCUGGACCAGCUGUACCUGGACGACGUGAGCUCGGGGAGACAUGUCCAGUGUGCGCUGUGUGUACUUCCGUCCUGUGUCUUUGGAGGACAAGAGGCAGCGUGGGACGAAGGCGUCGGGACCCCUCCAGGACAUAGGUCUUCUGUCUAGGUCUCCAGUGUGAAUUGGUGCCUGGAAAUGGAAACAGCAGCAGAAAUCUAAGUUAGAAAAUAAGACGCUGUGGAUUUGAAGUGGCCUUGACGUGAAACAGUGAACGUGUAACCUUCCACACGCCGCUCGGCAGGCAGAGGCGGGAGGCAUGGGCAGCUCGGGUCAGGGGCAUGUGCCCACUUCCUGGAAAGACCAGUGAUGGGACAGCCUGGUGGCAAUGAAGCCUUCUCGGGCACAUGGGCUCCGUGGGUUCCCCAUGUCUGGGCACGCCGGGCUCACAAGUGGCUCCCCAGCAGUCGUGUGGAGGGACGCAGGGCAGUCAGUGGAGGGCCAGCCCCUGUGGUGACAGAUUAAGUAACAGGGAGCGCGCAGAGACACUCACCUGGCCUUUCCCUGCAAACCAGCAGAGUUUUCUGGAACAUUUCUGUCUGCCCGAUGGGAGCCACAGCUGUCAGUAACCUCUGACCUUUACGUAUUUAUGCCAAGGGUUUGCUUACCACCUCUAUCCAAACCACCGUUCAGAAGUCAUUGAUGGGCGGGUUGGUUCCAUUCUGGUGUUUUGUUUUCCAGGAUGUAGGAUGAAAAAAGGCAGGAAUAGGGUGUUCUGUCCAGAGGCAGGGAGCUGGGCAUUUGGGGCACGUAAAUGGUUGUCAGGCUGCUUCACACUUGGAACUGUCCCCUCACAUAUGCGUGCUCUGCUCAGUGACCCACUGGAACAUGGACGGGCUCGCAUUUCCCAGUUUUCUGUUUAUCUUAAGGAAAAACGUAGGCACAGGAGAGCUUGCCUGAAGAUGAAUCCCAACUUUUUUUUAAUUUCUCAGUUGUCAUUACUUUCAGGUUUUGUUUCCAAAGCAUCUGGCCCAUAAAUAAGCUUCAAUUGUAACUUAUUCUUUGGCCCAACAAUAUUCUUAAGACUUAAGCUCUCAGUUCAGACUUCUCAAUCAUGGCGGAACCACAAGGGUACAUUUUUAAAAGAUUUGUUUUAUGGGGCCCAUGUUAUUUAUAAUGCAUAUUUUAAAAUACGCCAUGAAAGCUCUCAGUGACCAAUGUCUCUGUACGACUUCCGAGGCACCCAUGUACAGAGAGAGCUGCACUGUGUGGAGGCCCUACUCUUCUGGGACUGGGUUGUCCUUUGAUUCACUCACGUGUAAAUGUGGGCAGUUCAUACGUGUACACACAUGAUUGCUUGUGUGUCGUGGGGCUUAUCUCAGAGUGUUUGCAGGAACGGUAUCUAACCAUGUCUGGGCACACGAGGUUUAUCCCAGUGUUCACGGGGGGACCCACACAGAGUAACCGUUCUGCAGAAACGGAGCACCUCCUAUGAGCUUUGCAAGUGACGCUCGCGAGGCAUUGGAGUGCCUAUGCUUCAGCCACUGUUGUUGCCUCAACCGCCCUGCAGACUCUGCCACAAUCAGCCCUUUCAGCCCCCGCCAGGAGUGCUCGGGUUUCCAGAAGUCUCGAUGUCAUUAAAACAACAAGCAGGUGGACUAGGCGGCCAGGAUCGUGUCUGCCUGAGUCUGGGCCAUGAGUCCUCCACUCUGCUCUGCCUCAUGCCUGAGCCCAGCCGCCCUGGGAGAAAACAAAAUCUUUCCUCAUGGAAAGUUUUACUGAGCUGGCCUGGCGCCCAAGGCUGGGGCCUUCCCUGUUCCUAAUGAUGCUGGAAAAAGUCUGUAUCACAGUGAUCAAACACGCAGAGUCGUUAAUGUUGUGAACGGCGGCUACUGCGUGAUGGAUAGGUGAAUUCAGCCAUGCGAAUAACUCAUCAGGGUCAGUCCUUAACACACUUGCUUGUCCACUUGGGAGUCUCAAGGCAUAAAAAUUACACUACCCGCCACCCAGAGACGGGCUGCUGUCGGCGCAGUGGGCCGCAGGCGCUGCAUGGGUUCUCUGGAGACCCUGUGGAAGGGUGUUCCCCUGGCUCCGGGCCUGAGGCUGCUCUCUGUGGAGGCAAGCCUCUGCUCACUCGCUAGGUGACGGGCCCCGAGGGACCGCGGCAGGCUUCUGUGUGCACCUCGCUGAGACAUCAGUCUGCAUGCAAGGACACAAGAGCUUCCAGGGACAGUGUGCUUCUCGGGGUCGGACAGAGAGGCAAACAUUUGGCUCAGAUAUUUUAGUCUUUGUCUACAUGAACCUGAGUGUGACCCAGAAACCAACAGAGGUUAGUGUGACUGGUGUAGACCGGGACCAAGCCCUGUGUCUCUACUGUCUCUCGAGAGGAGCAUGCUUCCCUUGGAAAACCUAUUGCUGCUGACCCCCAGGAUGGCAGUGGUUAGGAGGCUGGCCCUUCAUGGAGGAAGAAGGGGCCAGGAGCAGUGACUCUGACAGGGCUGCUGAGUAAGGCUCUCGAUAAAUAGGGUGCAGGUAUCCCAGCACCGCUGCCAGCACCCAGCCCCGUAACCUGCCAGGCUGUGACGUUGGAGCAUCUGCUGUUCUUCCUAUGGGCAGCAGAGUGAGGAGGAGGAGGGGACCCUUCAGUUUAUGGGAUGUUGAAGCAUCAGUGUCUGCAAGGCUCUGGGUGCUCGUCUUCAUUCUUACCUGGUGUAGACGUUAACAAUGAGCAUGAAAUGCUUUGAAUUACACUGUAUUUCUAAUCAAGCAUCGUUCUAAAGCCUGAUUAUUAUCUGUGUACUUGGAGGGGAAUCAGUGACACUGCGUUCAGGUGCUGUUAACCUUCUGCCCACCCACCCCCAUCAUAUGCCUUAGUUUGUUUCCCUUUUAUUAUUAAUUUGAGAGAAAUAAAUAAAGUCAUAGAAGAAAGGCGGAGGGAAGAGCCUGAAACUUUCACGGAGCUUGAACACUCGGCACCUGGAGCACAGAGGGCCAGAGAGCUGAUGCCCAGCUGUGACCAUGUGCAUGCAGCAUGGGGCGUGUUUGGGUGUUUCCAUCCAUCGUCACAGGCAGCUCUGAGUAGUUGGAGGGUCAGUGUGUGAGCGUUUCAGGACCAUAAUGCUGGUUCUUUCUGCAAAGAGAUGAGAGCCCCUUUCCAAAAGUUCUUUAACUGACUUUGUCUCCAUUUCAGACAAAGUCAUGCUAUGCUGGCCUGAGCUCUGUGCCUUUUCUUUCUCUGAUGUUUGUGGAGCUUUCUUACUUGAGAAUGAGCACCCUCUACAGAUACCUUCAGAUCUGUGAGCCAGCAAAUAGCAUUCCACUGUUGUGUGUCACCAGAGCAUGAAGCCAUAAAACAAGGUAUUUAAAGAUGUAAUGGGGGAUGCCUGGGUGGCUCAGCGAUUGAGCGUCUACCUUAGGCCCAGGGCUGAUCCUGGGAUCCAAAAUCAAGUCCCACAUCGGGCUCCUUGCAUGGAGCCUGCUUCUCCCUCAGGCUGUGUCUUUGCCUCUCUCUCUCUCUCUCUCUCUCUCUCUCUCUCUCUCUCUUUCUCGCUCAUGAAUAAAUAAAAUCUUAAAAAAAAAAAAGCAUAAUGGCCACAUUCAAAAAGCACAGUUGGUGAUAGACAGUCAGAGCCAGGCAUUUCUUUGGGGACAGUGGUGACCAGGGCA